UAACUGUGGAAUCAAGUAUGCCUCUUAAUUUAAAAGCCCCUUUAACAUCUGUUCCUUACGAGUUCAACCAUAUACAUUUCCACUGGGGGGACGGAGAAGACAACAAUAAAGGAAGCGAACACUACGUCAAUGGGCACUUCUACCCUUUGGAGAUGCACGCAGUUCAUACGCAAUCUGUAUCAAACACAACUGAUAAAUUUCUCGUCGUUGCUUAUUUAUUCCAGCUGUCACGUCAGAAGAAUCCUGUAAUGGAAAAAAUCGUUGAUGCCAUUUUGGAUGCCACAAUAAACGGAAACGGCACAGUUGAAAACUUUAAAUUGAUUAACCUACUGUACAAUAUUCCGUUUUCUUAUUUCACAUACGAAGGGUCGCUUACGACUCCUCCUUACACGGAAUCUGUAGUAUUUUUGGUGGCCGCGACACACUUUCCAAUCACCAAACAUCAACUGGAAGCCUUUCAACAAGCGGCUUCGAUUAAUCCAGGGUUGAGAAAUAAUUACAGAUGCCUUCAAGAUACUAACCAUAGGAAAGUCAUGCAUGUGUUGUUGCCGUCGUAUCUUUAAUCUGUA